UAACCAAACCUGAGGUAGUUAGUCACAUGAAGAUUCACACAGGAGAGAGGCCUUUCUCAUGCGAGACCUGUGGAAAAGGAUUCCGGUCCAAGCCUCAGUUACUUCGUCACAGGAGGAUUCACACAGAUGAGAGGCCUUUCUCAUGCGAGACCUGUGGAAAAGGAUUCCGGUCCAAGCCUCAGUUACUUCGUCACAGGAGGAUUCACACAAAUGAGAGGCCUUUCUCAUGCGAGAACUGUGGAAAAGCAUUCCGGUCCAAGCCUCAGUUACUUUUUCACAUGAAGAUUCAUACAGGUGAGAGACCUUUCUCAUGUGGGACUUGUGGAAAACGUUUCUAUCGACAAUGCAGUCUAACUCGUCACAUGAGAAUUCAUACAGGUGAGAAGCCUUUCAAAUGUACACACUGUGGAAAAAGUUUCAGAAACAGAAGUGGUUUAUAUCCUCACAUGACAACGCAUACUAAUGAGAAGCCUUACUCUUGUGGGACUUGUGGAAAAAGGUUUCGUCACAAAGACACUUUAACUAGUCACAUGAGGACUCAUACAGGUGAAAGGCCUUUUUCAUGUGGGACCUGUGGAAAAAGUUACAAAAUCAGAAACAGUUUAAUUGGACACAUACAGACACAUACUAGUGAGAGGCUUUUCUCUUGUGGGACCUGUGGAAAAAGGUUCAGUCAAAAAAAGCAUUUAACUUCUCACAUGUGGACUCAUACAAGUGAGAAGCCAUUCUCUUGUGGGACCUGUGGAAAAGGUUUCCAUAAAAAAAGGUUAUUUAAAUGAUCAUAUGAGGACUCAUACAGGUGAAAAGCCUUUCUCUUGUGGGACUUGUGGAAAAUGUUUCCACCUAAAAAACAUUUUAACUUCUCAUAUGAGGAUUCAUACAGAUGAGAAGGCAUGUUUUUGUGGGACUUGUGGAAAAAGUUUCCGUUGGCAAAGCAGUUUAACUGUUCACAUGAAGACUCACACAGAUCAGAAGCCUUUUGUAUGUGGGACUUGUGGAAAAAGUUUCCGUUGGCAAAGCAGUUUAACUGGUCACAUGAAGACUCACACAGAUCAGAAGCCUUUCUUAUGUGAGACUUGUGGAAAAAGUUUUUGUUGCCAAAGCAGUUUAACUCGUCACAUCAUGCUUCACACAGGUCAGAAGCCUUUUGUAUGUGGGACUUGUGGAAAAAGUUUCCGUUGGCAAAGCAAUUUAACUGGUCACAUGAAGACUCAUACAGGAGGAUCAGAAUAAUCUGACCCUCAAGUACCAAAACACACUAACUCACAGCUUGGAAGCAGAGUAAUUACAGCUGGGUAACAUUUCUAUAAUGUAGCAGCUUGGAGAAGAAAACCAGUUGAAAUAGGACGUUUAUCUAACAACCAAAACUUUCACUUUAUUCUGUCAGUUUCAUCUUUUCAUUUAAAAUGGUUUUUAUCUUGAAAUAACAAUGGAUGUGAAUGUUUUCAGAUUUAGACUUGUAAAGCUGUUAUUGUAUGGCUAUUCCUUAUGCUUUGUUUUAUUUCUUUAAUUUUGGUCAGAGGAUGCAUGUUAGCUGUAACUAUAUGAACUGUUGGCGUAGGUAUAUUUUUGGGCCUAAACAAUUCCUCGAGUGAUUUGAGUACCUCGAUUAUUAAAAUUCCUCGAGGAAAAUGUAUCUGCCUCUAAGGUUCAUUAAAUUGUAUUUUAUUAUGUAAUGCACGGUUUUCCGGCUGGGUCGUUAUUUGCAUUGCGCAGCACUCUCACUUCCGCCUGAGUUGUGGACGAACGCGAACCUUAGCAGCAUAAGGUCCAAUUUUGAAGUUCGGCCUGGGAGGAUUUUACUGAUUCAUGAUAAUGUCUGGGUUUUUGUGCAUCGGGGGACCAAUGAGCAUCCCUUAAAUGUCGGGAGCGUUCCCUGGAGAACGGCAGCUGUUCUCCGGGAGCUGCUUGUUCAGAGCGACCAGCAUGGCGGGAUUAUUUAUACAUGUGAGCAGAUAGACUGAACACUGCGGGCGGCUGUGCUUUACACGAGUAGCUUUACGGACGAACCAGAAAAUAAAUUUCCUAUCAUCCCAGUCGCCACUAACGGGUGGCGUUGCAUACCUGGUAGAUGUUUGUGUGUGUGACGAACGACGGUGCCAAAUCCCGUCGUUGUGCUGAACGUAAACUAUAAAUGUCUGGGCAAUAAUACAUAAACCAAAAACCGGAGUAUAGACAUUUUUUAUAAGUGUAUUUGUGAGCCUGCCUCUUUAUUAUUAAAAUGAAUAUAAUUUCAGAUUCUUGUAUAACUUUUCUUCAGGUUAACUUGGAAAGUGAGUUAUUAUUGUUACAAGUUAAUUUUCUAAACUACAGAAAAGUUAUUGUUAGGGAAGUUCAAAUGUGAAAAAUUAUACUGUUGAUAUGCAAUAGUGAUACUGCUGUUAGAUUUACCAAUGUUUUUUUUUAUCUGACUACUUGAUUAAUUGUAAGAGUAAUCGAUGGAUUACUCGAUUACUAAAAUAUUUGUUUACAACAGCCCUAGUAUAUUUUGAUUACAUUUUUCACUCUAAAGUUGAAUCUAAAUAUAUAUUACUUUUUCAUUACUUUCUCGAGUUUUUGAUUCAGGGAGAAAAUACUGUUGAUCAUAUGAUGGCAACAAUGCAGAUGUUUCUACGUUUUGCUAAGUUGUGAUAAAACCAAAGAUGUUUUCCCUUUUUUUGUUAAAACAUCUGCAUCGACUUUAUUCUCGCUAAGUUUACUGUAAAUUGAAGUUGUAUUUUAUUCAUGUGACUUUUUUAAAAUCUAUAAAACAGUAUUUGUUUGAGAAUUUUUUUAUUGUUUAGGAUGUUAGAAAAUGUAUUGGUGAUAUAGAUUCAAUUUCAGAUAGAAAUGUGACCAGCAAAAACUGUUUCCAUGCCAUUCUUUUAUAAUAAAGUUUUUAUAAUAAAGUGUUUUUUAACCAUUA